GUGGGUAAAAUACAAGAUGGCGGGCUAUCCAGGAGGAUACGGUCAACCAGCAGGCUAUGGUGGUGCCCCAGGGUACCCUGCACAACAAGGAUAUGGUGCAGCCCCAGGCUACCCCCAUCAGCAGGGUUAUGGUAGUGCACCAGGYUAUCCUGGUCAGCCAGGUUUUGCCUCUGCACCUUAUGGUGGAUGCCCUCCUGGUGCYGACCCUACCCUGUGGAACUGGUUUAUAACUGUCGACCAUGAUAAAUCAGGASAAAUAACCAGUAAUGAACUACAACAGGCUUUGAUUAAUGGCAAUUGGUCGCAGUUUAAUCCUGAGACUUGUCGCCUAAUGAUAGGAAUCUUUGACAARGAUCAGUCAGGGACCAUUAACUUUCAAGAGUUCCAGCAGCUUUGGCAGUACAUUCAGCAAUGGAAGGGUGUAUUUGAUAGAUAUGACAGUGACAGAUCAGGUCAAAUUGAAGCCCAUGAACUUCACACUGCAUUCAGUCAAAUGGGAUUCAAUGUAUCACAACACUUUGUUCAGCUUGUCGUCUCUAGAUUUGAUGUGCGGGCCYGUAGAAGCUUAAAGUUGGAUGACUUCAUACAGUGUUGUGUCAUGCUUAGAUCACUCACAGAUGCAUUCAGGGCCCGUGAUACAUCAAKGAAUGGCACUAUUACCGUCAAUUAUGAAGACUUUAUGCAAAUGGUUUUAUUAAAUAAACCAUGAAGACAAUUAUUUAACUGCACAUCUGUAGAUAAUUACUCAAGCCUUUAAUUAAUUUACCCUCAUCCUUAGKAACCCAGGGGCAGUCUUUCUUUUUUGUUCAUUCCUCACUYCCAGAGAAGAUAAAACCCUUGUUGUGAAGAAAGUUGUGGUUGCCAGGAGAGGUCCAUAACCCACAUUUGAUGUUAUGAUUUUUAUGAUGUUAUAAUUUUUUAGUUCAAAUCAUAGUCUGGUGCUUAAAGGUUGAUAUAAAAAGAGAGUUUGGGGAUGACUUUGAACUCAUCAAUAUUUUUUGAGUUGAAAAUACCAUAUCGGAAAUCCUUUGUCAGUAUSAGCUUCUUCCUGAUAGGUUGAAAAUAAAUUGAAUCAAAUCCUCUGAUUGACUGAKAAAUUUAUUGGCCGCCAUUUAUAGAAUCCCAAAUCAAAACAAGGCUUAACUAAGGGUAAAKUUUUACUUAUUUUUGCUAUAUUUUACUUAUUUUGGGAGUGAGGAACAAGUAGCAAGAUUAGAAUUAGGAUUGUCUUAAUAAAACUAUAAUUUCAGCUUUGUAUGUUCUGAGCUUUGAGCAUUAUUUGUGCAUUUUAAUUGCCUUUUAUUGUCUACUUGUAAAGUAAUUACUUUGAUGCAUGAGCACGGUUACCCACAGGAAGUCCAACCAUUAAAUAACUCUAAGUACUGGGAAUAGGAAUAAUAUGUCAUGUUUAAUAAUAAGAGAGGUGUUUUAAAACGAGCAUUGAGCCAGACUAUCAAACCUUGAUUGGCAAAGGAGAUCAGGAAAAAUAUCUGUCUUUUCUUACAAUUACCUGUACAAAAAGGCGAUUUUCAUGAUUACAGCCAUAACGAGUGCUUUGCCCACUUUGUUGAGUUAUGUAAUCAUGGAAGAACUUUUGUUUUACUUUUGUUUACAACAAAUUGUUUUACUUAUAACAAAGAAAAUAUGCAGAGCAUUCUGAUGGUUGUAGUAAAAUGUUCAAUCAGUUCAAUCAUUGAGUUCUGUUCUGCCUUGUAAUGUAUACAUGUAGUUAACAUAUAAAUAUACAGCAAUAAAAAUGUCUGAAAAGCACUGUAAACUGA